CCAAGAGAUUUUGCUUAUGUAACAAGAGACAAAGACACAAGAAUUUUGAAAUGUCAUGUAUUUCGAUGUGACACACCAGCAAAAGCCAUUGCCACAAGUCUCCACGAAAUCUGUUCCAAGAUCAUGGCCGAACGGAAGAACGCCAAAGCCCUGGCCUGCAGCUCCCGGCAGGAAAGGGCCCACGUGAACCUCGACGUGCCCCUGCAAGUAGAUUUUCCAACACCAAAGACUGAGCUGGUCCAAGAGUUCCACGUGCAGUACUUGGGCAUGCUACCUGUGGACAAACCAGUCGGAAUGGAUACCCUGAACAAUGCCAUAGAAAGUCUUAUGACCUCAUCCAGCAAGGAGGACUGGCCUUCAGUGAACAUGAAUGUGGCCGAUGCUACUGUGACUGUCAUCAGUGAGAAGAAUGAAGAGGAGAUCCUGGUGGAGUGUCGGGUGCGAUUCCUGUCCUUCAUGGGCGUCGGGAAGGAUGUGCAUACGUUUGCCUUCAUCAUGGACACUGGGAACCAGCACUUUGAGUGCCAUGUUUUCUGGUGCGAGCCUAAUGCCAGUAACGUGUCCGAGGCAGUGCAGGCUGCCUGCAUGUUACGAUACCAGAAGUGCCUGGUAGCCAGGCCGCCUUCACAGAAAGUUCGACCACCUCCUCCGCCAGCAGACUCUGUGACCAGGAGAGUCACAACCAAUGUAAAACGAGGGGUCUUAUCCCUCAUUGACACUUUGAAACAGAAACGCCCUGUCACAGAAACGCCAUAGCUGCAUAUGUGAAAGGAUCUUGUAACAUUUACUGAAGAUUGAAUAGCUACACUAAAGAAGAGGAGCUGAUCUCUGGCCUUCCAUUCAGUUGCUGAUGCUUUGUCUUCAGAGAUUAAUAACUUAACCAAACAGUGUUAGACAAGCAUGUUCUCUCGUCUUGCCACCGUCGUGUGAUAUGAAAAGCAUGACUAAUUUUUUUUGCUGUCAGUAAGUUACAUCAUGAGCAGUGGAAGCUCCCUUUCUUACUGUAAAUAUCGUGAACAUUAUGUAACUUCACACACACAGGGAAGAAUGUGGCCACACCCCUCCCAGUGAAGCAGCUGAGUCCUUGGAGUGAAUGACACCUGGGUUAGUUUCACUGUCUUCUUGACUGGAUCUGUCACAAGCAACUUUUAAGUCCUACGGCACUUUGCCCUGUUUUCAACAUUGGAGUAGACACUGCAUACCGGAUACCACUGAAUUGCUGUAAAAACAGGAUGACUAGUUUUCGUUUUAGUUCUUCAUAAGAUCGAACCUUUGGUUGACAAAAUUGGCUGUUGGCAUCAGUAUAGAAACCAACUGGCAACUUUCCUUGACGAGCUCUUUGACACAUGGACACCACUUCAUGUCUACAGCUGUUUGGGGGAUGUUGGGAAAAAAGUGAAGCUUCAAAAUUGAAAAACUAAAUUUCAGAAAUUAAAACAGAACAAAAAUAGCCUUUUCUGUUCAGAUGGUUUUCAAACUGAUUAUUAAGAAAGAGAUUAACAAAAUUAUAAUGCAUUUUGGGUGGGAAAUAUUUCAAACUUCUGCCUUAUACUGUACAAUGCAGCUAGAGAAUUAUAGUUCACUAUGGCCAUUCUCUACAUAAACAUUAAAAUGAAAUAUUCCUCAUAAGCCUUUCAUCCUUAGUUUGAUAAUUAGCCAAUAUGCAACUUGGAGUUGAGGAAAUGUCAUUUAUAUUUUAGAUCUCCACCACCACGUUGUUUUCCACCUCCUAGGUAAAUGUUCUGCUAGGAUUCUGCAUCUAGCUCAAUCUUACCUUAAUGCUUUUUGCCCAGAAAGCUGUCUGUCCAUCAUGUAUUGUCCAUGGCAA